UACUAUUCGACUUGAAAACAUCGGGCGGCGAAACAGCUGACGAGCGGCGGAGCGUCACGCUAGGAUCAUUUCUCUUCGUCUAGCUCUUCGUGGGUGUUUUAAAUCGCGGGAUUUAAUUUUUCCUUCCUAAAACCUCGUUCCUCCUUUAAGGACGCCGCAGGAAGAGAUUGACGUCCUGGCAAAUAUUUAGUGAAACUGCCGUAGUUUGGCAAGACUUUCCGUCUGACGUCAGUGUCCUCUCGUUCAGAAUAUAUCUGGAAAAAAAUGCGAGAACGUUAAAAAAGCUCGAUUCAGAUCGAACUGUGACGAUUUUUCUUCUUAAUCACCUAAUAUGAUGUGUUGUUGGGAAAGAUACGCAGGCAGGUGCAAUCCGGAUGUUUGCAAUACGUAGUACUAUGUCAUGUACAUUAUGUGUCAUGAUGGAAUUAUUUGAUGAUGAGAGUAAAUUUGAAGCCUGAUAGUUUGGAAAUAGCAAAACUAUGGCAGCGGUGCAAGACACACCGGAAUCGGAUACCGGAAGUUUUGAGUGUUUCAGAAAUUACACAGCACCAGAAGUAUUUGUACAAGGCCUAGCUGGCAUCGUCGAUCAGCAGGAUGUGGAAUCUAUGAUACGUGCUCAAAAACAGAUGUUGCAAAGGUUUGAAAAAACUAACGAAAUGUUGACUAAUUGCAAUCAAUUGUCAGUACACAGACUUAAACAGCUGGCACAGAGUUCAAAAAGCACAUCGCUCUUUUAAUUGAGAUGAAGAGAGAUCUGGAUUAUAUUUUCAAAAGAAU